CAUCCAAAUAGAUUCAAUGGAAGAAAGCAAAGCAUUCUCAUUAGAAGAUGUUAGAAUUACCGAUGACAGGAGUACCUUUAGUAACUAUAAAGAAGUUAAAACUAACAAGAUUCAUUUUGACUGGUUUGUCAACUUCGAAACCUCUCAACUCGAGGGAAAAGUUACUUUGAAGAUGACUGCCAUCACUGAUAUUCAAACUGUAAUUCUUGAUUCCUGGCAAUUGAAUAUUAUUAAUAUUCCAGGAGCUACCUUUAAGCUUGGAGAGGAGAAAGAUAUUGGAAGCAAACUUGAAGUGAUCUUGGAUAGCAAAGUGACAAGUGGAAGUAAUUUUGAUCUUGAAAUUGAGUAUACUACCUUGCCUAAUUCCUCGGCUCUUUCUUGGUUGCAGCCUGACCAGACUUUGGAUAAAGAACAUCCAUUCUUGUUUUCUCAGUCUCAGUCUAUUUAUGCUAGAUGUGUAUUCCCUUGUCAAGACACUCCUUCUAUCAAAACCACAUACACAGGGAAGACUAAGGUUAAGAGUCCUUUGACUGUACUCCUCAGUGCAGAUGUAGUUAGUGAAGAGACUACUGAAGAUGGGUUUAAAAUCACUGAGUUCGAUAUGCCAAUGCCUAUUCCAUCCUACUUGGUCUCUAUUUGUGCUGGAAAUCUUUCCUUUAGAAAAAUUGGAGAGAGAUGAGGAGUUUAUGCUGAAGAAUCUUAUGUAGAUACAUGCGCAGAAGAAUUCGAAGAUAUGGAAAAAUUCCUUAAAGUUGGAGAAGAAAUCUUGUUCGAAUAUCCUUUGAAGAACUAUUUCGUUGUCAUCCUUCCACCUAGUUUCCCUUACGGAGGAAUGGAGAACCCAGUCACUACUUUUGCUACACCAACAAUAGUUGUUGGAGAUAAAUCAGCAGUUAAUGUAGUUUGCCAUGAGAUUACUCAUUCAUGGACUGGAAAUUAUCUGACAAACUCUAACUGGGAAGAUUUCUGGCUUAAUGAAGGUUUCACAAGAUAUAUUGAAGCAAAGAUGGUCCAUAGAUUGUAUGGAGAAAAUGCUCACAAGCUGCACUUAAAAAAAGGACUGUCAAGCCUGCAAGGUGUUCUUCAAAAUAAAACUGGCAAAGGAGCUGGAUGUGUACUUGUUCCUGAGCUAAAUGAGCAUCAGAAUCCAGAUGACGUUCUUGGUUCCACACAAUAUGAAAAGGGAUAUUAUUUCUUAUACUACCUCGAACUUUUGUUGACAGAAGAGAAAUUCUUGGAAUUCAUUAGAAACUACCUUAAGACCAGAGAGGGAGGAAACAUUUCAACGAGAGAAUUUGUUGCUGAGCUGAUUGAUUUUAUUAAAUCCAAUUAUGAUGAAGCUAAAUCUCAGGAAAUCUUAUCUAUGAUUGAUUUAAAAGAAUGGCUAUACUCUGGAGAGCUUCCUCCAGUUAUCCAUGAUUCUGACUUUGAAGAAUGGAAGCAGAUGGAAGUUAUUUUUGAUCAAUUCAAAGAUGGAAAGGAUCCAGCUAAUUUGGAUAUUUUCAAAGAAAAUGUUGGACUCUUGAUUGCUUUCACCCAGAAAAUCAUGCUAAAUGAAGAGCACUUUGAUUCAAAUAUAUUAGCAAAAAUAGAUGAAGCCUUGCAUAUUAGUGAAAAUAAGAACUGUGAAGUUUUAGUUGGAUGGUACUAUGCUGCCCUCAAAUUAGACUACAGUGUUAUUCAUGAUCAAAUUUACAAAUUCUUAGGAGAAGUAGGAAGAAUGAAGUUUGUUCUUCCAUUGUUUAAAGCUCUUACUGAAGUUAAUAAGGAAAAGGCAGAGAGUAUCUAUGAUGAUAACAAAUCAUUCUAUCAUGCAAUUUGCAAAGGUCGAAUUCAAAAGAUAUUGGCUUAAUAGGUAGGAUCUGAAUCAAAUGUAAUUCAAUA